AUGGUAGCACUGAGUAAAACGCUUGGAAAGAUGAACCAAAAGAAGAUCGAAUGCUACAUCGACUGCGGAAAUAAACCGCCAUGGACGCUCCCAGCUAAAGCGCUCUACGCCAAGUACGACGGCCCAAGGGCCCAAAAGUACUUUGGAAAAAGCUUCAAAAUCCCACCUUUUUUCCCUAUACUCUCGCUACUGCCCCAACGUUGUCUUGUAUAUGCCAAGAAGCAAUACCCAGAGAAAUAUGAAGACUUCUUCGAAUCAUGUUUUGAAACUAUGUGGAAUGGGCAGCUUGACAUUUCAAAGCCCGAAAAUCUCCUGAUUGCAGCACGCAAGGUGUUUGACGAGGCGCAAGCGCAGGAGAUCCUGAAAGGUGGAAAUGACCCCGAGAUAAAGAAAACUCUGGCGGACAAUACUGAGCACGCCGUAAAAACUCUUGGGGCAUUUGGCUGUCCGUGGUUCUGGGUGCAUGACGGGAAGGGGAAUGCUGAACCAUUUUUUGGAAGUGACCGGUUCCAUUUUAUGUGGGAUUACCUCGAUAUCCCUCAUCGAGACCUGGAGCUCAUGUCAGCCCCUGCAAAAUUAUGA